UCCCAAACUUCUUACUGUUUACAGCUAGUCCAAAGGAAAUUGCAGUCUGAAAAAUCAAAAAGAAAUACAUUUAAAGCUGUAAAUUGGAAUUCCAGAAAUAUUGAUUUAAGGUGCUUUUUUCUGUAGACCGAAAGGCUUAUGUAGUCCACUUGAUUUUGCUGCUUCUGAAAAUGCUUAGGCACUGUGGCCUUGUCUACGCUACCGCAGUAAGUUGACCCAAGAUAUACUACUCCAAUUAUGUGAAUAAUAUAACUGAAGUUGAUGUAGCUUGGGUCGAUUUACAGCGGUGUCUACACUGUGCUGGGUCAAUGAGAGAUGCUCUCCCACCAACUUAUGUUACUCUUCUUGGGGAGAUGACCGGAGUUGACCGGAGAGCGCUCCGUGAUUGAUUUAGCGGGUCUUCACUAGCUGCACACUGCUGCAUCGAUUGCCGCAAUGCCGAUCUACUGGUAAGUGUAGACAUGGCUUGAGACCCUAAAUUAGCAAAGUACUUAAGCACUGAAGUUAGUGGCACUGCUAAUAUGCUUAAAAGUUACACACAUGCUUAAGGACCACAUUUCAGGCCUUAAAGAGAAAUGAGGUGAACUUAUUGGUACGUGGCUACAUGCAUUUUAAAUAGAACUGUGUUCAUUAAGAGCAUUAAUUUAGAUACUGAUGUUCUACCUACAAUAAUGAAACUUUCAUAACCUAAACUUUAAUUGAUGGUAAGUAAAUGUAUGUGCCGUGUUACUAUGUAUAAAACCAUAACAGAUCUAAUGACCUUUUAGUAAUAAAAGGGAAUAUUAUACUCCUCGCACAGGUGCAUUAAAUCUUAAUUUAUAUUUAUAAAGUGCUUUUGAGUUUCUCAGAUGUAAGGUGCUAUAUAAAUGCAAAACAUUAUAGAAGCCAGAUACUAGUUUUCUAUAGUUUGUGUGAUCCACAGAGUAUGGGUUGUUUCAAAAUAGAGGAGGCUCUGUGUAGGCUAUCUUGAAAUAUACCCCAAAAGGAUGAUAUAAAAUAAUGUAUACAAUAGACUUUGGAUUUGAAUUACUUUCAUUGGCAUAGCUGAGCCGGAGUUGAGAGGCACCCCUGCGGGUAAGAUUAUAAUAGACUCCAUUGGCAAUACCAGGAGGGAUGAGCUAGCGUGUCGAUGAGAAGCACAGUCAGGAAAGUAACAAGUACUUCCCUCUAAAUGGACAACCAACCUAAUUCUCAAUUACUGAGGGACAAUCUCCACUCUUUGAUAUAUUUCACUUUCCACAAUCAAAUCUCUGUGCAACUUUUCAUGAGUGAGAUACCUGAGUAUCCAGAUUCUAAUAUCUAAACCGUAUUGUUAAAUAUAUUCAUCUAAAUAUGUGUUAUUGCUGAUUAUGUAUUCUAUGUAUCAUAUGACGUUUAAAAACUAACACAAUGCUCAUCUGUGACUGCUCUGGAGAUCAUUCUCAACUCUGCUGCACCUCAGCCAGGUACACAGGAAACAGCCCGCCCCUGCUAAAGCCCUGGGAAUUUUUGAUUUCCCAUUUCCUGUUUGAUCAGCAUUGGGAGCAUGCCAGCUUGAGCAGAGCUGAUCAUGGAGAUUACCUGCCCCAAAUGCGCUCCAGCCUGGUCUGCACAGGAUGUGGUGGAUUUCAUUGCUGGGUGGGGAGAAGAGUUUGUGUAGGCAGAACUCUGAUGCAGCAGAAGAAACGCUGACAUCACUUGUGGAAUGGGAGAGAAGGGCUACAUGAAGGACACACAGCAGUGCGGUGUGAAAAUAAAAAAACUUCGCCAAGCGUACCAGAAGGCAAGGGAGGCAAACAGUUGUUCUGGUGCUGAACCCCACACAUGCCCGUUCUACAAUGAGCUGCAUGUGAUUCUCAGGGGUGACCCUACCAGCACCCCCACAAGCAACGUGGAUACCUCACGGGUGUGUGAGUCUAGGGACAACAAGGAGGACAAUAUGGUGGAUGAGGAGGAGGCGGCGAAUGGGAGACAGGUGAGCGGUGGAUCCAUUCUCCCCGAGAACCAGGAAACAUUUUUAACCCUGGAGCCCUGUGGGUCGCAGGACAUCACGGUGGCUGACUGUGAUGCUGGGGAAGAUACCUCUGAGGGAAAAGUGUCCUUCGGUGUGUCAUCAACACCUGAAAACAGACUUUUGAUGAUUAGAAGGAGGAGAAAGAGAACGUGGGAGGACAUGUUCACUGAGCGAAUGAACGCCUCUGGGACAGCUGUGACAGAGCUGAGAGCGUGGAGGAUUUCACUUUCCGAGAAGUUAGACAUGGACAUGGAGAGCAGGAAAACUUCCAGUGAGCAAGAGUGGGCGGCGCAGGAUGUGGUGCUUCGGAUUAUGAGGAACCAAGCAGACAUGCUGAGGCAUCUGGUUGAACUGCAGGAACAGUAGCAGGAGGGUAGAGUCCCUCUGCAGACUCUGGUGGACAGCCAGCAUGGCGCAGAAACACCCUCCCCGAAGUGUUCCCUGGGGCGUGGACGAAAAGUCCAUUAUCCCUUUCACUUAAUGCAUGGGGAGGGUACAAGGAACAGAAGGUGCCAAUUCACAGCCCUUUGAUGGUCUGGAAUGCAGUAUUAUGUUACACAGCUGAAAAUGUUUCUCCCUUUUCACGUUUACAACCCCUUUUCCCCAA